UCCCUGAUCAGACCCCGCCAGCCCUGUGCACUGGCACCAUGAGCAUCACGAUUGACGUCGACUCGGCGCUGUCGCAGCCAUCGCUUGACCUGGAAAAGGAUCCGGUCAAGCCAGGACUCGAUGACGCUGAUGUCCCAACGCUGAACGAGAGCCAGCAAUCAUUCAUCGCCUCGACAUCUCUCACGUUUCACAACCUCCGCUACUCGAUCAACAUUUCCAAGACCGAGCAGCGCGAAAUCCUCCAUGGCAUCUCCGGUCGCUUUGGUGGCAACGGGCGCGGUGAACUGGUUGCCAUCAUGGGCCAAUCUGGUGCUGGGAAGACGACCAUGCUUAACGUCUUGGCGCAACGCUCCCAGGGCGACCCAUCGGGCAGUAUUCUGCUCGCCGGCAAGGAAAUUUCACGAAACGCGCUUCGCUCCCAGCUCGGCUAUGUCCAUCAGGACGACCAUCACUUCCCUGAGUUGACCGUCUUUGAGACCUUGAUGUUUACGGCAGGCUUGUCCAUGCGCGAUACGCCCGACGAGGAACGCGCGAAGCGCGUGGAGCACGUCCUGCAGCUCCUUGGCCUCAGCAAGACCCGUGACACUCAAGUUGGCGUUCCAUCGGGCGUUGCCGGUGAAAGUCGUGGCAUUUCCGGCGGCGAGCGCAAGCGUUUGUCCAUUGCCGAGGUCAUGCUGCACAAGCCUUCCAUCAUCUUCCUUGAUGAGUACACCAGUGGUUUGGAUAGUCCGACGGCGCUUCGCAUUACAGAACUGCUCUGCCGUUUGCGCAACGCAGGCCACACAAUUGUGGCCACCAUCCACCAACCUUCAUCGGAUAUCUUCUUCCUUUACGACAAGCUCUGCCUCCUAUCGAUGGGAAAGAUCAUUUACUUUGGCAGCCCACGCCAGUCAGUGGCCCACUUUGAUCGCCUAUUGCCAAAGGAUCCUUGUCCCACCUAUUCCAAUCCAGCAGAGCAUCUUGCCAAAAUUACGCACCUGUCUGAUCAGACUCGCGUGGAAGACCUCGAGCGCCUGAUUGCCGCAGCUGAUUCCCUGCCGAGCUACAAGAGUCUACUGCAGGAAAUUGAGGUCGAGGCCAAAACAGCUCAACCCAAGCCUCGCCGUCGCAGCAAAGAGGACCGCGAGCUGGCGAAGGAACGAAGCCCAUCGCUGCUUUCUCAGUAUUCCUGGCUCAUGUGGCGCAACUGGCGGCUGCUAACGCGCAACAAGCUCAAGACGCGAGUCAAAGUCAUGGUGACCAUCAUCCUUGCUGUCCUCUUGGGCGUCAUCUACUUUCAACUUCCCCAUACCUCAACGGGGUUGCAGGACCGGUCCUUCUUUCUUCUCAACACGGCCAUGCUCGUGGGUGUCCGGGUGUCCAUUGAGACAAUUCGGUUCUUUCAGGUGGAGAAGCAAGUCGUGCUUCGCCAAGCCGAGCAGGGCAUGAUCACGGCAGCCCCCUAUGUCACGUCACGCAUCUUGACUGAGAUUCCUUCCUUCAUCCUUCUGCCUUUGAUCUUUAUCGUCAUUGCCUAUCCUCUCGUCGGUUUCCAGAUGUCAGCAUCUAACUUUUUUAUUCACUGGGCGAGCCUCUUCUUGAUCAAUUUGAAUGCUUAUGGCUAUGGUCUACUCAUGGGCAGCUUGAUCAUGAGUGACGACAUCCUGGCUGUGGUGGCACCCUUGAUCAUCUUCCCGAUCAUGCUGUUCUCUGGUCUGACGGCCGUCAACGUACCACCAGGCUUAUCCUGGAUCGAAUAUCUGAUCUAUCUUCGUUAUGGCAUUCUGGCCAUGUUUCGCUCGGAGAUUGAGGACCAGACGUUUUAUUCCAGUUGUACCUACCAAGAAUACACGGAUAACUCAACCAAGUGCUCCAUUCGGACUGGCAAAGAGGUCGUAGGCGAGUACGGUAUGGAUUUGGUGACGCGGGGCGAGGCGUUGGCGAUCAUGGUGGGGCUCUUUUCUAUCAUGUGGAUUGGGGCCUACAUAGGGUUGCGCCGGGUGUUUGGAAAGCGCCAGGCGUAAAGUCUUUGAGUUUGAGUGUGUGGGCACAGGCGCGCCCACACGGCACACAUCUAUCCUUUGAGUCCCUCUCAUGCUGCGCCCUUUGAUAGCUCUUUGUUUUUUUUUUUGGCUUUUCUGUUUCUGAAGAAAGGUUGUGUGAGAGAUUUACAUUUCCCAUGAUGAAGGAAAAAUUCAAACAAAAUACCUGA